AUGAACUCUUCUGAGAAUCUGUGCACUUCUUCUGUCGACGCUUCUUUCGGACCCUUUGUUGGCCCUGAAUGUCGCGAUGGCUUCGACUUUACUCUCGUCUUUGAACAGUCCAUUCUUGUGCUGUCUCCAGCCGCUCUUCUUCUCAUACUCGCUCCUAUCCGACUUUUUCGUCUUCGGAAUGUCCCCGUCAAAGUCACUGGCCACCGUCUUCGAACUGUCAAGUUGGCGUUGAUCACUCUCUUGGCUGUGCUUCAUCUCGUGCUCGUUGUGCUCUGGGCUACGCGCCCUUCCAAUUCGCGUCUAGAUCGCGUCUCUGUCGCUGCUGCAUGUGUAUCCUUUGCCUCAAGCUUGAUGUCCUGUGUCCUCUCUCGUGUCGAACAUGCCAAGUCUCCUCGUCCAUCUUCUCUCUUGAGUCUGUUUCUCGCCGUGUCUCUGCUCCUUGAUGUCGCCCUCCUUCGCACCCUCUGGCUUGUCCCUAUGGGUGCGGCCAUUCCAGCUGUUUUCACUGCGGCCUUUGCUCUGAAAGCGAUUAUCGUCGUUCUUGAAGGGUGGAGCAAAGCUCAGUAUCUUGUCGCCGGCUCCGGGCCCCACUCUCCCGAAGUCACGGCCGGACUGUACGCCCGAGCCGUCUUUGCGUGGGUGACUCCGUUGCUGCUGACGGGAUUUCGAAAGCUUCUACGACCGAUGGAUCUAUUUGAGUUGGACGAGGAGAUGAGCUCGGCGGGACUGAUUGACGGAUUCUGGAAGCAUUGGCAUACCCAGAAAGCUCCGGCUCGCAAACACCGACUGAUCUCAUGUUGCGUCAUGACACUGCGGUGGUCUAUCAUCGCCGUUGUUCUUCCUCGCCUGGCGCUUCUGGCAUUCACCAUUUGCCAACCACUCAUUCUCAACCGACUACUGGUAUUUCUCGACGAUGCCCCUCAGUCUAUCAACAUUGGUUACGGUAUAAUCGCAGCCUACGGUCUUGUUUACUCUGGCAUUGCCCUCUCACAAGCCCUCUAUUGGCAUCGCAAUGCUCGGUCCGUCACAUUGUUGCGUGGAGUGUUGGUGUCUGCCGUGUUCUCCAAGGCCACCGAUCUGAGUAUCACGAUAACAGACGAUUCGGCGGCGGUGACGCUCAUGUCCUCUGAUGUCGAUGUUAUUGUGAGGGCGUCCAGAGAGAUCCACGAGUUCUGGGCAAACAUCAUACAGCUAGCCAUAGCUACUUGGCUGCUGAGCACUCAUAUAGGCUAUGCUGCCGUAGGUCCCAUUAUAGUCUCGCUCAUAGCGCUCAUAGCCACGGUUCUCGUUUCGCCUCUGGCACGCAAGUAUCAGAUCUCUUGGUUAGACAAGACACAGAAACGAGUUGGUAUCACUUCUGCCAUGAUUGGACAUAUAAAGAGCAUCAAAUGUUCGGGCCUGGCUCAAAGCUUGUCUGACACCAUCCUCAACCUCCGAGCAGAUGAGAUUAAAGCAUCGAGACCAUUCAGAAUCGUCAGCAGUGUCACUUCCGCAAUUGCUCAAGUCCCUUUGCUCAUGUCUCCCGUUGUGGCAUUUGCUCUCUUCCAAGGGGUUGCCUCAAAUUCUGGCGAGACUCUUGAUGCUACUAGACUUUUCUCCGCUCUAUCCCUUAUCAUUCUCCUGGCACAGCCACUUUUCUUUAUGUUUGAGGUAAUUCUUGACAUGAGUGCUGCUUUGGGCGCCUUCGAAAGAAUACAAACAUUCUUGGCUCAAGAGUCUCGAAGAGAUUCUCGCCAACAAGAACCAGUUGCAGAGUUUCACGGACCUGAUCAAGGAAAUAGAGACUCCAUCGAGAUGCAAAUACUGAGAGAACCCUCGUCGCCAUCUACAGCAAACUCCAGUAUGAGGGAAGUUGUCAUUCAAGUCUCCAAUGCCAACAUCUCGUGGUCAGAGGAUCGUGUCAUUCUUCGAGACUUGUCUUUCACCGUAGGCCGAAAUCAGCUUGUCCUCCUUCUCGGCCCAGUUGCGAGUGGCAAAACCACGCUACUGAAAGCGCUUCUUGGAGAAGUUCCCUAUAUAAAUGGAUCAAUCGAUAUUCAUAGUAAGGAGAUUGCCUGGUGCGAGCAAAGUCCUUGGCUUUUGAACCGGACAAUUCGUGAAAACAUCAUCGGCUACUCACACUUCGACCCUGUUCUAUACCAGGCCGUUAUUAAAGCUUGUGAUAUAGAGAAGGACUUCAGACAACUUCCCCAGGGUGACAGCACCGUUAUUGGCAGCAAGGGGCUGGCCCUCAGUGGAGGCCAAAAGCAACGAGUUGCAUUGGCCAGGGCUGUCUAUUCAAAGCCUCGAAUUGCUCUCUUCGAUGAUGUUUUCAGUGGACUAGAUGGCCAGACUGCCCGUACCGUGUUCGAGAACCUCUUUGGCGAACAUGGUUUGCUUAGGAAGUGGAAUACGACAACUGUUCUUGCGAUUCAAUCGGUUGACUUUCUAUCGUCUGCUGACCACAUAACUUGCCUUAACAAGAAUGGAAAGAUUUCCGAGCAAGGCACAUACUCUGAUCUCAAAGACACUGACGGCUAUGUGCACUCCCUACUGAGAGACAGAGUUCAUGGGGGUGAAGCUUCGACGAUCGUAACUGACGAUAUCAAAGAACAGGCCUCCAAGCUAGCACAAGCGACUCCAAAGCAACAAGCUAACGAAGAAGAUACACGAAGACAACGUGGUGACUCCACUGUAUAUCGAUACUACUUCAGCAGCACUGGCGGUCUUUUUAUGAUAGUACUUCUAGUACUCGAGAUCAUCUGGGCCUUUCUGGAAAGUUUCCCGACAAUCUGGCUGAAAUUCUGGACUGAUGACAAUGCGAAUGGAAACGAUCAAGCAGGCUAUUACCUUGGUAUCUAUACCGCUCUCCAGGUCACCGCAGUCAUCUGGGCACCCCUGUCUCUCUUUACCACGACAGACCUGGGAUCAAUCACAACGCGGUUCUCGCAAGAUAUAGGAAUGGUGGACAACCACCUCCCUCUUGGUCUCGUUGUGACUCUCGCCAGUUUCUUCGGUGCCAUCGCAAAAGCCGGCCUCCUCGCCUCUUCAAACCCCUAUAUAGCAGCUGCAUUCCCUCUCCUGGGAGCUGUCUAUUUCUAUCUUCAACGUGGCUAUCUCCGUACCUCUCGUCAGCUCCGUCUACUCGAUCUUGAGGAGAAGGCCCCUCUAUAUACCCAGUUCCUCGAAACACUCUCCGGUUUAGCAACCAUUCGAGCCUUCGGAUGGAGAGAUGCAGUUAUUCAGGCCAACCACAGUCUCGUAGAUCGCUCACAGAGGCCCUUCUAUCUUCUAAUGAUCGUCCAGCGUUGGCUCGUCCUCGUCCUCGAUCUGACCACCGCGGCCCUGGCUCUCCUUCUUGUUGGUCUCGCGGUUCGUCUUCGUGGGCAAGUCGAUGUAGGUUUAACGGGCGUAUCUCUCGUGCAGCUAAUCUCGUUAAGCGAGACAGUGAACCUGCUUAUUCAGUUCUGGACUUCUAUCGAGACAUCCAUUGGUGCUGUAGCUCGCAUCAAGCAAUUCGCUGAAGAGACUGGCGAGGAGAACUUACCGGGAGAGACACACCAGCCCCCAGCCCAGUGGCCCGACAAAGGAGCUAUAGAGAUCAACAACUUGACUGCAUCGUACGGUGACGGAGACGGGGAACUUAUUAAAGCUCUUGAUGCAGUCAGUUUGGAGAUCAAAGGAGGGGAGAAGGUAGGUAUUUGCGGUCGCACAGGAAGCAUCGUUAUCGAUGGGAUCUCUCUAUCUUCCGUUCCUCGAGAAACGAUCCGUGGUCGUCUCAUCACUCUGACGCAAGACCAGUUCGUACUCCCCGGCACGGUUCGACACAACGUUGAUCCGCUUGGUCUCUACUCCGACGUGUCGAUCGAAGACGCACUUCGUCUCGUUGAACUAUAUGAUUCGAUCGAACGACAUGGGGGCUUGGAUGCUCCGUUUGAUCAAGACACGUUGAGCCACGGGCAGAAGCAGCUCUUCUUCCUAGCACGGGCAGUGCUGAGGAAGAACGACGGGAGAAUCAGCCAUAGUGUGGACCAAAAGACAGGAGAGACCAUCAAAACCGUCAUCGAGAGCGAGUUCAAGGACCACACCGUCGUGUUUAUCACCCACCGUUUGGAUACGAUCAUCGAUUUCGACCGCGUAAUUGUGAUGGACAAGGGGUGCGUCGUCGAGCUCGGUGAACCAAAGAGUCUCCUUGCAUCAGGCGCCAAGUUCAAAGCUCUCUGGACAAGCGGACAUCGAUCUGGAAAAUAA